AUGCGUGUCCUGGCUUCUAUCCUAUCUACCGCGGCCCUGGUGGCUGCUCACGGCUACGUCGAGGAGGGAACCAUUGGUUGCGAGACUUAUGAGUUCUACAACCCCAACACCGACCCUUACAUGUCACCCACCCCCGAGCGCAUCUCGAGAACGAUUCCCGGUAACGGCCCUGUCGAGGAUGUCACCUCCAUCGACAUCCAGUGCAACGGUUAUACCGCCGGUGGUAUCAACGGUAGCGAGCCCGCUGCUCUGCACGCCACCGUCGCUGCUGGCUCCACUGUGAACCUGCUCUGGACUCUCUGGCCCGAGUCGCACAUGGGUCCUAUCCUCACCUACAUGGCACGAUGCCCCGAUACGGGCUGCAACGAGUGGGAGCCCGAGUCCGAGUCUGUGUGGUUCAAGAUCCAGGAGGAUGGCCGAGACGGAACCUCCGACACCUGGGCAGCUACGGCUUUGAUGACCGACGACAACGAUGGUGUCGACUACACCAUCCCCAGCUGCUUGAAGGCUGGCUACUAUCUCGUACGCCACGAGAUCAUUGCCCUGCACGCUGCCUACCAGUACCCCGGAGCGCAGUUCUACCCCGGAUGCCACCAGCUCAAGGUCACCGGCGGUGGCAGCACCGAGCCAGCCGACCUUGUCAGCUUCCCUGGUGCCUACUCCCCUACUGACCCUGGUAUCACAUACGACGCCUACAAGGCUGCCACCUACGAGCUCCCUGGCCCUGCCGUCUUCACCUGCUAA